AUGGGAUCAGUUCGCCAUUCACUUGAGAAGGAGGCCGCUCCAAGCGUAGGGAGUGUUCAGAAUGCAGAGUCAGCCGCCCUCAUGAGUGAACAUGAGAAGCGAGCGCUUCGCAAGUUUGACAUCUUCCUGUUGCCCGCCAUCCUGCUCCUGAUUCUGCUGGCAUGGCUCGACCGGACCAACAUUGGCAACGCCAAAAUUUUUGGACUCGAGAAAAGCCUCGGACUCAAAGGCAACCAAUUCAACAAUAUCUCAACUUUGUUUUUCCCCUUCUACAUUCUCCUCGACGUGCCGUGGGUCGUUGCCGUCAAACGUUUCGGCGCCAGCCGCGUCCUUUGCAUUUCCAUGAUCGGAUUCACCGCGGCCACCCUCGGCAUGGGUUUCUGUCAUACUUACGCGCAGGCCAUCGGAUGCAGAUUGGUCCUUGGAGCCUUUGAGGCCGGCCUGCUACCUGCGACCAUCUUUAUAAUUUCCACCAUUUGGGACCAAAAUUCUCAGGGCAAGCGGAUCGCCGUUGUGUACAUUGCCACUGCCAUCUCCGGCGCCUUUGGUGGUCUGAUUGCGUACGGUACUCAAGUCGGUGGCGACCGAAAUGGACUGGAAGCGUGGAGAUGGCUCUUCAUCAUCGAAGGCACCCUCAGCGGCGGAGUUGGUCUGCUGAUGCUGCUAUUUCUUCCCACCAGCGCUGAAAAAGCAUGGUUCCUCAACGCAAGUGAGCAGGAAGCGAUGAGACUCCGUGCGGAGAGAACGGCAAUCUACAAAGGAGAAGAUCAGACUUUCCGGUGGUCCUAUUUUGCCAUGGCAGUUUUUGACCCGUUCGUGGUCAUUGCCGCAAUCACCCUGUUCACCCACUCGAUUGCGGUGCUCGGAUACAGCAUCUUCUUACCCACAAUUAUACGGGGAUUUGGAUACACCGCACUCCAAGCCAAUUAUCUCACCAUCCCCGUCUACAUCUUUGGGGCCGUCGUUAUUGGAACAGUCGCCUUCCUUUCGGAUCGUUUCAAGAAGAGGGCACUGUUUCUCUGUAUGCUCGUGGUUCCUGGUAUUCUAGGCUACGCGAUCGUCGUGGGCACCGCUAACAAAGUGGCUGGAUAUAUUGCAAUGUUUCUGUGUGCUGGAGGCAUGGCAACCUUCAGCGUCAUCUUCCUCGCAUGGGUUUCCAACAACGUGUCGCCCGAAUACAAGCGAUCUGUGGCUCUGCCUUUCGUUCUGACAAUCACUAACUGCUCUGGGCUUAUUGGCUCUCAGCUGUACAUUGCCCGAGAUGCCCCAAGAUACGUAAUGGGCAACGCGGUGAGCAUGGGUUGCGAAAUCGUUGCUGUCUUUGGUGUGGCCGUCAUCUUCUGGUUGCUGCGACGAAGGAACGCUCAGAAGGAGAAGUUGAGGGCCGAAGGUGCCACCACAAAUGGACUGGAAGGAGACAAAGCCCUCGGGUUUACUUAUCUCUUGUAA